UACACGUGUUUUAGGUGCACUCCCAGGUCUCCCCGCGUGAUAGUGCGUUCCAAUGCUCAGACCAGUAUUUAGUGUUCUUUGUGUCGUCGUCACUCUAGAAACACCCAACCUGAAGAGAGCGAACAUACAGGCAUCGUGUUGAAGCUGGACCAGAGAUCUAUAAAGAAUGAACCGAAACAGGAAAAUACCGAAGGAGGUCAUUGCGCUGUUUGACAAGUACAUCGAGAACAACGUGCGCAGUCUGCACAAGGAGGACGCCAUCAAGAUGCUGAUGACCGAGUUCGGGUUGGACCACGAGCAAGCGCAGAACAUGUUCGAGACGUUCGACAAGGACAAGAACGGAAUCAUGAGCAUCUGGGAGUUCCAGCAGUUCUACAUGUGCGCCGGAACAUGUAUUCCUGAUAUUGUUGCAAAGUUUCAGGAGAUCGAUAAAGACGGAAGUGGUCGCCUGGAUGUAGAAGAGGCUAGGGAAGGCCUCAAAUCUCUGAAAACGGCCACCGGACGAACUCUGACGGAUCGCGAGAUCGAGUUUUUCAUACAGACAACCGGAUCUGACGACAAAAGUAUUGACCUGGGACAUUUCACCAACCUCAUGUAUCGACUCAAACUGUACAAGGCUGAUGCGCCAACCACCAACAUCCACGCCUGAAGUUUUGUUAUACAGUUAAUCGUAUUAAGAUCGGGGGAAUUGGAUGGGAUCUAACAAGAAGAGCAAUUUAUCUCUGACAUUUUCAUCAAUCACGUGUAUCGAAUCCAUCUGUACAACAUAGAUGUACCAACUAUCAAAAUCUACACCUACAUUUAAUUAAAAAAAAUAAAAAUAUUGUUAAUCGUAUUAAGAUCAGAGAAACCGGCCUCGGUGGUGCAGUGGUUAAGCCAUCGGACUACAGGCUGGUAGGUACAGAGUUCGCAGCCCGGUACCGACUCCAACCCAGAGCGAGUUAUUAAAGGCUAAAUGGGUAUAUGUAAGACCACUACACCCUCUUAUCUCUCACUAACCACUAACCAACUAACAACUAACCCACUGUCCUGGACAGACAGCCCAGAUAGCUGAGGUGUGGUGGGUAGUUAAGCACAUACUUCUGUAUUAUUACCUUUUAGGUUAACAGUGGAAAUAGGAAUUUAAUUGAAUUACGAACUUACUGUUGUAAUUCAUAUUACUGAUAAUUAAUAAUAUUAAUUACAACAGUUACAUUUCAUAAGAUACCCAAUAAUUAUACAGUUCCGGGUUGUUAACUGUAAGCGGUUAAACCGAGUUUGCAAAAUAAUUUAAGGUAUUUAAGGUUUGCCAAAACGUGGGUAUAAUAUUCAAGUGAUAUAAAAUCGUGAACUCAGUACAGCUCAUGCAUCACCAUGCUCAGUGUUAUAAAUACAUUUCAAUUUAUUACUUUUGUUUAAGAUACUUAUUUAAUUUUAUUACACAAAUUAUGCAUUUUAAUUCACGCUCAAUUUUAAUUUUUGUAUCAUUACUGCUUAUUUCAUGUUCGUUACUAGUAUUAAUAUAACUGUUGGUUCCCCAUUGGCGUCAAGUUCUACGUAUUUAGAGAAUAUAGAGAAUAAUACAUGAGUGGCCGUUAGAUACCAUUUAUCUUACGAGUAGUCUAUAUAGAGAAUAAUACACGAGUGGCCGUUAGAUACCAUUUAUCUUACGAGUAGUCUGUAUAGAGA